AGGAAUUGGCUCCUGUAUCAAACUACGAUGCCAAGUGAAGAAACUGGUGAUCAAGGCACGCCACAAGUGAAUCCUGGGGAGUGGUUGAACUUGAGCCUCGGAGGGGAACCACCACGAGCAUCCAGAGAAUCUGAGAAUGCUCACAAAAGGGAAAGAGGCGCAGUACGGCAUUACCAGUCACACAAAAUGAUGGCGAUGAUGGCCCUGCCCGUGCCUAUCCGCACUUCCAUGUUCAGAUCACUAGGGGUCCAAGCCCAUUCCCUUGUGCACAAACCUGGCAGAGAAGGAAAUACGACUGUAGCCAGAUUUAGUGAGGCUGACACAAGAUUUGAAAUAGCAAGGCAGCAUGGCACAGUGGAAGGGGCAGCAGAUUCGAUGUGGCCUGGAAGUUUCCGACCGGAACCCCAACAACCAGAGCAGAAAUCAUCCAACUCAACAACUAUGCUCGACUUAAAUCUCAAACUUUAAAGCUUCUAUUUCUGUUAGGGAAAAUAUUUUCUAGAUUUUAUUGUAAGUUUGUAACCUAUGUUUUCAAGAGAGUUGCCAGAAGAUAAAGACUUACUACUUGAAGCUCAAUGCAUCAUUACAAAAGUUAUUACUUUUA